UGUAUGUACAUAUAUAUAUACAGUAACCCCUGGAUAAAAAGCAAUUAAUUCAGCCCGAUAUUUUCCAAAUAUACCAGGCUGGAUCUAAUUUGGAUGAAGAAUGUCAACUAUUACCAUGGCUCUACGAUGUGUACGGUUCUCGGCUCAGAAAUGGAACUACUUCCUCUAAAACUCCUGCUUAUCAAAACUACACUUUGUUUGAACUAAACAUUCCAGAAAUGGGCAUCAAGACUAGUGUCUGGGCUAUUGACUAUGAUGAUGUGAGAUUCUGGAGCAGUGAUGGCCGUCUAUCUUGCAGAGCAUUGAGGGAGAAAGUCCUCGUAAAUAGCCUUGCCAAUCUCAUUCUACAUAUUGUCGCUGCCCCAGAUGAAUUUGACUUGUACUCUCUUCAGCCUUGCCUUGGUAUUGAGCGACAUCAUCAAUACGCCCAUAUGCAGGCUAAAUGCUGGCCAGUCAGGAAUUCCCUGUGGGAAUCCGCUCGCGGGCAAAUCGACGCUCGCCUGGGUAACGAACUUUCUCCCCUGGCAUCACGCGACGACAUCAAUGCAAUAUCCGAAAGAUCCAGGACCAAUAGCAAAGGCACCGACGCUGACACGGUCUUUGAAGGUAGCCACAACAUCGUCAAUGACAGUUGGGCUGUCGUAGUCGAAUGCCGCCACAGCCCCGAGUUUCUUUACGAACUUGUGGUUCCGCGGUGAUGCCGUUGUGAUGGUUUCGUAUCCAGCAGCAGUCACAAGCUAAAUCGCAUUGCGGCCGACUCUCGUCGAGCCACCCCAGACAAGAA